CGUCGACGACGAGCAACGAUGAACAACUCCACCAGACUCAUCUCUCUCUUCUCUCCUCAUCCUCCUCCUCUAUUUCUCCUCCGUGGUCUCUACAUCAGCCGCAUAACUAAUCUCCGCCGUUUCCACCGCCGGACGUUUCCUUCUUCCUCUGUUGGCUCAACCAAUCGAACUUCUUCCCGUCCACUCGUGUCUUUGCCACCGCUUAUCCCCACGUUUCCCAUUAGACGGCUCUACACUCACCAAGUCCGUGUCUCCGCCGCAGAUUUUGUUCCUUCUUAUCACCACCAGCUACCUGAAUGGACAGAGCUACUCCAAUCUCUUUCCCAAGCUGGUUACUUCUCAAAUUCCGAUUCGAUUUCCGGUUCAGAAAGUGAAUUCUUUCCCGGUUUUCCAGAUGAACUUCUCCGUCCAGCUCUUGCUUGCUUAGCUCUAGCUCGUGAUCGACCAGAAUUACUUGAAAUGCUUUCGAAGAGAGACGUUGAAGUGGUGGUGGAGAAUGGGAAGCCAUUUUUGUUUAGGACUGGUCCAGAUUCACUUAAAAGGAUGAGCCUUUACUUAAGAAGUGGUCGUCAGGGUAUUGGUAAGAUGAUGGAUAUGGAGAAGGCGAGUACAGUUGAUUUGAUGAGGCUUCUUUUGAGUUAUGUUGUGGAUGUUGCUUCUUCUGAGGAGAGCAAACACCAUAACCAAGAGCUUAUGGAGUCAUCGGUUCGUAACCUCUUGAGUCAGAUAGCGAAGAUGAGUUUUGGUACUUCUGAGUCGAAUGUUCGUGGCACGAUGCAAAAUCAGUUCUCAGACAGAAAUGGACAAGCAGUUGGGGCCUUUCAGAAGAACAUUGAGAUGAAACGUGGUGACUGGAUUUGCUCGAGGUGCAGUGGCAUGAACUUUGCGAGAAAUGUCAAAUGCUUCCAGUGUGAUGAAGCAAGACCAAAGAGACAGCUUACUGGUAGUGAAUGGGAGUGUCCCCAAUGUGAUUUCUACAAUUACGGGAGGAAUGUAGCUUGCUUAAGAUGUGACUGCAAGCGACCCAGGGACUCUUCACUUAGUUCAGCCAACUCUGGUUAUUCAAAUGAUCCUGAACUUGAAAGGAGACUGGUGGAAAACGAAGAGAAAGCACAGAGGUGGUUUAGUAAAGUAGCACAGGGUGGUUCUGAUGCAAACAGUGUUGAUGCAGAUGAAGAUUUUCCAGAGAUUAUGCCUUUGAGGAAAGGAGUGAAUAGAUAUGUUGUUAGCACGAGGAAGACACCUCUUGAGAGAAGGUUGGCUAAUACUGAGAACAGUGUAGCUACAGAUGGAAACUCGAAUGGGAACGACGGUAAGGCUUUGGGAAGUAAAACGAAUAGGAGCUUGAAUGAGAUUCUCGGUUCUUCAUCCUCUUUGGCUUCUCGAUCUGAUGACAAGAAUGUAUCUUCCAGAAGGUUUGAAUCUUCCCAGGGAAUAAACACCGAUUUCGUCCCAUUCGUGCCACUACCUUCAGAUAUGUUUGCCAAGAAACCUAAGGGGGAAACACAGAUAGGUCUGACUAACAACAACCAAAUGGAUAGUGUCUCAGGCGGAAAUCAAAAUGUCAAUCAAGAGGACAAGUCAGAUGCAAAUCUCUCUGGCAAAGAAAAAGAUAGUCUUGAAAAGGAUGGUCAAGAAUCAGAGGAACCUGCAAGGUGGUUCAAGAGGGUCACUGAACUGCACAAUGUUUCAGACUUGGAAAGCACAAUACCGCAAGAGAUUUCUCCUGAUAAAAUGCCAAUGCGAGAAGGAGAGAAUCGGUUUGUGGUUAGUAGGAAAAAAGACCGUUCACUGACUUCUCCAGCAUACAAGAGACCUUCACAAGAUUCAGACUUUGUCCCCUUUGUCCCUUUCCCACCUGACUAUUUCGCCAAAGAGAAACAACCCAAGGAACCAGUAGAUACUAUUCCAGCUCCGGCAGCAGUAAACAUUUCGAAGGUAGUCCAACAAGAACCAAGAGAACCUUCAAGCAACAAAUCCGAAACAGUCGCAGGGAAUAUCAGAAAUGGAAAGAGCUUGGAGGGUUCAUUAGUGAAGGAGCCCGACUUGUUGGACAUGUCAGAGGAAGCAAAAGCGGAGAGAUGGUUUAAGAGAGUGGCUGAGAUUAAGAACAUAUCAGAGCUGAGUCAGAUCCCAGACGAAGAUUUCCCAUCAAUAAUGCCGAUGAGGAAAGGAGUGAAUAGGUUUGUUGUCAGCAAGAGGAAGACUCCCUUGGAACGGCGUUUAACUUCUCAACGACACCAGAGAAAUCCUCAGAUCACCGACUCUGAUCCCGCGGGUAAAGGAGAUAAAUGACCUUGUAGCAUAACAUUUUUGCGGAGUUAAUAUACAAUACGAUUUUUG